AUGUCUCGAACGGCAAAAAUAACACUAGCCACUUCGAUAGUUGCGUCAGUGACGAUAGUGUGGGGUGUACAUUAUUUACAAGUAAAAGAAAAAGAGUCGAUGCAUGCAAAUAUCGCGCGAGAAGAAACACGUGAAUUAAAACGACUACAUGAAGAAAAUAAUAAUAUUGAUAAUAAAGCUGAAAAAUUCAAACAAAAUAUUCGUGAACUUGAACAACAAAUUCAAUUACAGGAAGAAUAUGAAAAAGUUCAACCUGUUAAUCGCCACGUAGAUAGAUGA